AUGUUGAAGCCAACCUUGGUGCUGGUCAUUGCACUGAUAUUGCCGAUUUUGUAUCAGCAGCUGCAGGAUCUCCUGAACAGAAACACAAUCCCACUCCACGUGCUACGCUAUUAUGUUCAGCAUCCCCUCGACGACGUCAUCAUCAAAAUUCCAGUAUACAUCGAGUCUUCAGAUCUACGAUUUCUCGACGUCGGAGAAGCCAUACACAUCCAGAGCCUCGGCAGACUGCGAGAAACAGAGCGCACACUGCCAGAUGUGCAGUUCGAUUUCUACGAAUACACUAAUCAGACCGAUGCUCUUGUAAUGAAAUUUUUCAUCAGCGACGGCAACGGCAUCUACGUGGACGCCGUGGAGGGGUACGCAGCGCUUUUCUACACACUGGAGGCAGUGGACGCCAACGAUGUGCCGUAUUUCGGGACGCAGCUGCUGCUGGAUCACUGCUACAACGACGAGAUCAAAAACUACGUUGCAGACAGUUUUCUGCAGCUGGUGGACCACGACUCGAAAAACCACAGCUUCUUGCACCACUGGCAGUUCGAGACCUCCGUGCAGGAACCUCUGCACCUUGUGUUUGUCAUGUUGAGUGCCCAGACCAACUGGGAAAUUGAGCAGGCCGUGAAAAUGUAUAUGGAGCCCGUUCUCAGCAUCCUGUCCAACUGCAGCCUGGAAUUUUUGCAUGUGGAGGAGGACCGCAAGUCGCCGUUCCGCUACAUCGACGAACAUUUCCCCGAAGAGCUGUCCGCGUUGCCGAACUUAUCAGACUUCUAUAUCUCACAUAACAGCUCCAACUCCACGUUGUACCUCGUCUACUAUCCGUUUGAGCUGACAGACCACUCUAUCCGCACUCUAUCCGUCGACAACCACAGCAUCUACUCCAGCAAUGAAAACACGUUUCUCAACAUAAAAUCGUGGGGAUCCGUCUACUUUGCGCACACUGAAAGCUACCACGGCUACGUUUCUGUGCAGAAUUUGUCCGACUGCAUAUGGUCAUUUGCAGAGACUGUUCUGGAUCACUAUCAUUUUCCAAACGAGAAUAUGGCGCCGGCUCUGCGCAUCCAGAUGUACAAGCGGAUUUCCACGGUCAAGAACCUGACGUACUUUAGCCACAGGCUUUCUCAGGUGAUCGGCUGGCUGGAACGCAACACUCUAGACAGGUUUCUGGGCAGUGCAAUUCUCGACGCUUUCGACCGCCGGGAGCACGUGAAAGAAAGGCUGCUAAAUUACGACUACGACGCAGCGUUUCAAAUCAGCACGGACAUGGUGGCCACGUUCGACAAGCAGAUACAGAAUCUUGAUAUUGGAAAAAUGGAAAUAAUCGCGUGAGCUCAGCUUUUAACCAUGUUCUGUUGAUCUGCCGAUGCCAAAACGUAUAAAUAUCGAUGCGGGACAAUUCCUGUUCCUACCGGUAUGUUCUACGAGCUCAAGGAUUGGAGCUCGGUUGCGUCGACCGACCGAUCGCACCCGCUGAUUUUCGAGACUGACCGCAAACCGUGCUACAUCAUGGCCGAUGUGGGCCAUUCGCAGCAAGACGACAGGUUUUUAGAGGAUCUGUUAAAACUGUGCGACCUCACCGGCAUGCGCCAAAAACACUAUCAAGACAUAGUCAGAAAACAGGUAAGAGAAGAACUGCUGCUGAAAAGCAUCUUUCUGAGACUCGCCUCAAAAGUUCGCGGAGCUUCCUACGUGGACUCGCGAGUGGACAAAUACAUCCGAGCGAAAGGCAUCCUCACCCCUGGAAAGUAUCCAAUUGUCCAGAAACCGAUUUUGAAAAGGGUCGAGUGCAACGACCUGGGGCUCAAGUACAAUUUUGACAUGGAGGCGCUGGAGAUUGAAAAUCAAGAGAAACUUAAACUAGAGGCGAAGGAUGCAGACAUUUUGUACCUGGAAGCUCCAAACAAGGGCAAGCUUUACAUCAGGAAAGUGAAGCCUUUGUUGGACAUACAAUCUCCUUUUAUAAAGGAGGCCUGCAGCGCGCGCAUUCGGAGACGCACGCAGUAUUUUGACAGGAUUCUCGGGGAGAAACACCAGAGCUUUGACGAGUUUGAGGACCGGCUGCUGAAUCAACCGAUCCGUAACUACAUUAAGUGAUACCAAUGCUCACAGCUGCUGGACGACUUUCUGGUGCACGGGUGCAGAAUAUCAAAAAAAAAAACAUUUCAUGCCAACCUGAAAAUUAUAUAAUUUAAUGAAUAGUCAUGAC